GGCGGAGCGCGGCCGGGAGCGGGGCCGGGGCCGCUGACAGCCGGUGCCGCGCCGCCGCCCCAGCAUGUACGCCAAGGGCAAGGGCUCCGGCGUGCCCUCGGACGGCCAGGCCCGCGAGAAGUUGGCACUGUAUGUCUACGAGUACCUGCUGCACGUGGGGGCCCAGAAAUCAGCCCAGACCUUCCUGUCGGAGAUCCGAUGGGAGAAGAACAUCACUCUGGGCGAGCCCCCCGGCUUCCUGCACUCCUGGUGGUGCGUCUUCUGGGACCUUUACUGCGCUGCUCCCGACCGCAGGGAGACCUGUGAGCACUCCAGCGAGGCCAAAGCCUUCCAUGACUACAGCGCGGCGGCGGCGCCGAGCCCGGUGAUGGGGACGCUGCCCCCCGGGGACGGGCUGCCGGGGGGGCCCGUGCCGCCGCCGUUCUUCCAGGGACCGGCGGGCUCCCAGCCGUCGCCGCACGCCCAAGCUCCGCCCCACAACCCCGGGCCCCCCAUCCUGGGGCCGCACAGCCAGCCCUUCAUGUCCCCCCGGUACCCCGGCGGCCCCCGGCCCCCGCUCCGGAUGCCCAGCCAGCCCCCCGUGGGUGUCCCCGGCUCGCAGCCGCUGCUGCCCAGCGCCAUGGACGCGGCUGCGCGGGCGCAGGGGCAUCCCGGCAUGGGGGGCCCGAUGCAGCGCAUGAACCCGCCCCGGGGCAUCGCCGGGAUGGGCCAGCCCUACGGCAGCGGGAUGCGCCCCCCCCCCAGCUCUCUGGCCGGCCCUGCCAUGGCCCCCAUGAACAUGGGCGGCCGUGGGCCGUGGCCCAACCCCAACAGCAACUCUAUUGCCUACUCCUCCUCAUCCCCAGGGAACUAUGUGGGCCCUCCUGGGGGCAGUGGCCCCCCCGGCACCCCCAUCCUGCCCAGCCCUGGAGACUCCACUAACUCCAGUGAGAACAUGUACACCAUGAUGAACCCCAUGGGGCCCGCAGGGAACCGGCCCAACUUCCCGAUGGGGCCCGGCCCCGAGGGGCCUCUGGGCAGCAUCAGCGCCAUGGAGCCGCAUCACAUGAACGGAUCCUUAGGCUCCGGGGACAUGGAUGGGCUGCCAAAGAGCUCCCCCAGUAACCUGGGGGCCCUGAGCAACCCCCCCGGCACCCCGCGGGACGAGGCUGAGCUGAGCAGCAGCUUCCUGAACCCCUUCCAGAGCGACAGCUACUCGCCCAGCAUGACCAUGAGCGUGUGACCCCGCAGAGGCCGCCGACAGACGUUAAUUGAUGUUAAUUAACUCCCCGCCCCCCCCCAACCGGGCGGAGAAAGGUUCAUUAGAACUGUCAUGGGACUUAUUCACACCCCCCCCCCUUUACAAACCCCCCUCCCCCCAGAGUGGGGGCAGCCGCUGGGGGGGGCCCUGGCAGGGGGUGGGGGGUUGUUGUGGGGGUGUUUUGCCCCCCCCCGGUGUGGGGAGGGGCAUUUUGGGGAGGGGGGUUCAUGGCAUAUGUGUCCCCCCCCAGCUCAGCACGGGGAGGGGGAUUUUAGGGAGGGGGAUUUUGAUUGGGGGGGGUUGUAUCAUGGCACUGCAACCCCCCCAGGGUGUGCUGCCCAGCUGGGGCACAUGCACUCAACUGCAAUUAGCCACAAUGCUAAUGAGCAAUGACACCCCCCCAGUCCUCCCACCACCCUCCUUCCUGAGCACCCCCCAUCCCAUCUCGGGGGGGUGCCCACAGCUGCCCCCCAGCCCUGCCAAAGCCCCGGGGGGGGGGGGCUUUACCUGCCCUGGGGAGGGGGUUGUGCUGGGAGAGAGGGGGUGUGUGUGGAGAGGGGGGGUUCCCAAGCCAUACCCCCCUGCCCCCCCAGUGCUCUAUAGGGCAGGCCCCAGUGCAGAGAGCAGCCCCCCAGCCCUGGGGGGGGGUCCCUGCCCCUCAGCCCCCCGUCUGUGUGCUCAGACAGCACUGUGACCCCCGGCCCUCCCCACUCCGAGCGCCAGACCGGGGCCCCCCCCCCCCCCCCAGCUCCCCCCCAGGACCAUUUGUAAGACUUUAAUAUGAAGGAAUUUUUGUUUGUGUGGGUUUGGUUUGGUUUUUUUCUCCUCUUUUAUAACAGAAACGACCUCAAACCACCCCCCCCCGCUGCCCCCCCCUCCCCAAAACCACCCCCCUGCUCCCCCCUCCCCUGUACAGCCCCCACCCCAUACAGUAGCACCCAUCCUGGGCCCAGGCAUUCUCUAUAGGGACCCCCCCCUUUUAUUUGUAGCCCCCCAGAGCCCUUAGAGCCCCCCCCCAGUGCUUAUCAAAACGGGGGAACCUCCCCCCCCCAAAAAAACCCAAUAAAAAAGACAAAACUCCAAAAACUACAUUAAAAAGCCCCCAAAAGCCCCCCCAAACCCCCUCAAUAAAUGUAAUUUGACUUUUU